GUCUCAGAAGACAAAACUGCUUUUGACAGUUGAGACAAACGGUUUGUUUCUCCGUGACGUAUGAGGCAUAUAGUUUGGAUCUCCACGGUAUACAAAAGGCACACGGCCACUGCUUUUUGUGUGAGGGCAAACCGCAAACUCAGAAAAAUAGUCGGCAAGAAAUAUUCCAUGAGACAUUUUGAUUUUUUCCUAUGGAUAUUCUACGAAAUAAUUCAGUUCUAACAUAUUCAUAAGGAGUUUCAUCAAUAUCGAUGGAUUAAAAGUGUCGUCCAAACUUUAUCCUAUAUAAAUUAUUCUGUACAAAGAUAAAAAAAAAACAAAAAAACUUGUGAUUUUUUUUGGCUUAAAAAUUGUGACAUUUGGGAAACAAGGAGGCGGAUCUAAAUGACAGUGCACGGCGUGAAUGUCGUUGUGAUGAACUACAGAGGAGCGGGGUCAAACGGGGUCAGGGGUCGAGGUCAGUCAAUCAAUGACAACAGCGUGUGUAAGAUCGUGGUCCUGGGAUGCCCGGGGGUCGGCAAAACAGCUUUGACGGUGCGAUACUUGACGAAACGUUUCAUUGGAGAAUAUAGUCCAACUUUAGAGAGUAUUUACAAGUUGCAGACGACAGUUGACGAUGAUGACGUCAGACUGGAGAUCCUCGACACAGCAGGACAGGAUCAGGAAUACUGGAAAGAUGGUUAUGCUUUGUGGGCGGAUUGUUUUGUUUUUGUGUAUUCCAUACGGACCGAAACAUUUCGAAGAAAUAAUCAAAUUAAAACGACAAGAACGAAAACGGGUAGCGGAAAGAUUAUUAUCUACCAAAGUAUGGGUGUUCUGAACAAAGAAAUGGUGACCGUAGUGAUAGCUCCAAUCCAGAGCAUUAUGGAAGAACAGGUUGAUAGAUUAAACAAGAUUGGCAUGUCUGCCAUUUACAUUGACAGUCUUAAAAUGCCAUUGAAUGAAAUUAUUGGUGGAAAAUAUCAGUUCAUUUACGGGAGUCCAGAAAUUAUUGUAGACAGUACGAAAUGGAGAGAAAUCGUCACCCAGUAUUUUCCAAAAAGUUGGCCUAUUAGUAGUGGAUGA